CUUUUGCGCUGGCAGCUUCAAAACCCCGGAGAGGGGAUUUCAGCGACUUGGUUGGUGGAGUGGCCCUGAGUGGCGCAGUGCGCAGGCGCGAGCGGUCGGGCCCCCAACGCGCGCGGCGCUCGGUUGAAGCCGGAGUGCGAGAGUUCCUGGGCGAGACGAUCCGGCGGCCGGCGGCCCGGUGACCGAGCACCUUCGCAGUCUGCCAUGGCAGCUCUGCGCUACGCGGGCCUGGACGACACGGACAGUGAGGACGAGCUGCCCCCAGGCUGGGAGGAGAGAACCACCAAGGACGGCUGGGUUUACUAUGCCAAUCACACUGAGGAGAAGACUCAAUGGGAACAUCCAAAAACUGGAAAAAGAAAACGAGUAGCAGGAGAUUUGCCAUAUGGAUGGGAACAAGAAACUGAUGAGAAUGGACAAGUGUUUUUUGUUGACCAUAUAAAUAAAAGAACUACCUACUUGGACCCAAGACUGGCAUUUACUGUGGAUGAUAAUCCAACAAAGCCAACCACCCGACAGAGAUAUGAUGGCAGCACUACCGCCAUGGAAAUUCUCCAGGGCCGGGAUUUCACUGGCAAAGUGGUUGUGGUUACUGGAGCUAAUUCAGGAAUAGGUUUUGAAACUGCCAAGUCUUUUGCCCUCCAUGGUGCACAUGUGAUCCUGGCCUGUAGGAAUAUGGCAAGGGCAAGCGAAGCCGUGUCACACAUUUUAGAAGAAUGGCAUAAAGCCAAGGUAGAAGCAGUGACCCUGGAUCUCGCUCUGCUCCGUAGCGUGCAGCAUUUUGCUGAAGCGUUCAAGGCCAAGAAUGUGUGA